AUGAUGAGGAGGAAGAAGCGUGUGAAGCCUAUUUUGGUGAACAUUGGUUUGGCUUUUGGUUUUACUUUUGCUGGAUUUCUCUGCUCACGCCUUAGAAUCAAUCAAGUUCCAGCAUUGUUGAUGAGGAGGGUUAUUGAAUUUUCUAUAUAUCAGGAAGAAACACAAACCAACGAGUCGAGGAGUGGAAAUUCUCCUAUUGGUUUUCUCACUAACACUAAACAAAAUGGUGAUAGAGUUGAGUUCCUUCUAGCUGAAUUUGAUGAGAUCAUUAAGGAGGUGGAGUUCGAAGAAGAGGCGCUGCCGAGGUUAAAAGUAGGAUCUUCUAGAGCAUAUGCAUGUCCUGAUAAGAAUGAGUAUGAACAAGAGAUACAUCAACUCAAGGACAUGGUUAGAUUGCUUCAAGACAAGGAACAAAAUCUCGAGGUUCAGUUACUUGAGUACUAUGGUCUUAAAGAGCGAGAAACGGUUUUGAUGGAGCUCGAAAAUAGAUUGAAGAUAAGUAAUAUGCAGGUAGAGAUGUUCAAUCAGAUGGCUAAAAAUUUACAGUCCGAGAAUCAGGGAUUAAGGGAACAUGUUGCUGAUUAUGCAAACGUGCUGGCCGAGCUUGAUGCAGCAAAAGCAAAAACCGAGCUGCUCAAUAAGGAAAUUUGGCGCGAAGCUGAGCAGAGUAAAGAGCAGAUUGUGAGUCUUCGACAAAGAGUAGCCAAGUUAGAGGCGCUUGAGUCUGAAGUAGAAGAGUUGAGGAAAACUAGUUCAAAAUUGCAGAUAGAGAAUUCUGACUUAACUAGAAGAUUCGAUUCUACGCAGAUCCUUGCUAAUGAUGCGAUUCAAGAAAACGAGCGUCUUAGAAAAGAAAAUGACGACUUGAUGAAGCAAAUUGAGCAACUACAAUCUGAUCGACAUUCAAAUAUUGAAGAAUUAGUGUACACGCGGUGGAUAAAUGCUUGUAUGCGACAGGAGCUGCAGAAUCAACAGCCUCCACACAUUAAAACAAUUGCAAAGGACCCGAGUAAAAGCUUGAGCCCUACAUCUGAGAAGAAAUCCAAGCAACUAAAACCUGAAUAUGCUGAUACUAAUGGACUAGGGAGUACUGUCGACUUUGAUUUAAAGCAAUGGUCCUCCUCGCAAUCUUCUUCUGUUACCGACUCUGGAGACUAUGAUCAUUUUUCUUCGGUUGAUAAUUCACCGGCUUCUAGAACUAUCGCCUCAAGGCAGAACAAAUUUUUCUGCAAGCUUAGAAGAUUGAUAUUGGGAAAGGAUAGACAUCAUCAUCAUAGUCAAGUUUCAUCUAGAUAUCAAGAAGAUAGCGAUUCUCAAAAGCUGAUUACAUCAAGGAGAUAUUCAAGUUUUGAUGGAGAAGGUUCCUUAUCCGAUUUUUUAGGCAUAAAGAAAUCUGAUUUGGAGAAAUAUGCAGAAGCUCUAAAAGAUUUUAGUGCGAAUGAUAAACAUCAAAGACGAGUAAGAUCAACAUCAUAUAGUUAGUUUGUUUUAGCUUAUGGUCAAUAUGCAAGGAUUGAACCUUUUCUGAUUUAUGUUGGAUUACAGAAUAAUGUGUUUUCUAUCCUUCGCCAGCGAUCAUCAAUUAUUUAUAAUAAUGGUUAUA